AGUUUACCGCUGAGUCUGCUAUUUUGCCCAUUCUCCUACGGAGGGAGUAAUGUAGAAGAGCCACCCCUCCUGUCUCUCUGCUCUGAGUCCCGAGACUGGUUCGCCGUUCAGCGCCACCUGCAGCAUCCAAGCCCAUAGUACAGUGCCUCCUCUCUUUCCGAUUCUCCAAUGUUCACAGCUCGGCCGGAGCCUGUCGUCUUCCUGGCUCCAUUUCCACAGGAUUUUUACCACUACUAACAGCCCCAGAUCAGGACAGGACCGCACAAAAGGGGGGGAUAAUGUCCAGUGACAGACAAAGAUCAGAUGAUGAAAGUCCAAGCACCAGCAGUGGCAGCUCGGAUGCGGAUCAGAGGGACCCGCCAGCACCAGAACCAGAAGAACAAGAGGAGAGAAAACAGCCGACAGCAGCCCAGCAGCAAAAGAAAAGUACCAAAUUGUCCAGUAAAACUACAGCUAAAUUGUCGACCAGUGCUAAACGAAUUCAGAAGGAGCUAGCUGAAAUUACUCUGGAUCCGCCUCCAAACUGCAGUGCUGGUCCAAAAGGAGACAAUAUAUAUGAAUGGCGGUCUACCAUCCUAGGGCCCCCAGGUUCAGUGUAUGAAGGAGGAGUUUUCUUUCUGGAUAUUACUUUUUCCUCUGACUACCCCUUUAAACCACCAAAGGUCACUUUCCGCACUCGGAUUUAUCACUGCAAUAUCAACAGUCAGGGAGUCAUCUGCCUGGAUAUUCUGAAAGACAACUGGAGCCCAGCUCUGACUAUCUCAAAGGUUCUCUUGUCUAUCUGUUCCCUCCUGACGGAUUGCAAUCCCGCGGAUCCUCUGGUUGGAAGUAUAGCCACUCAGUAUUUGACCAACAGAGCAGAGCAUGACAGAAUAGCCAGGCAGUGGACCAAGAGAUAUGCAACAUAAAUAACAGGACCUCUUGUGCAGUGUGAAGAAUCAGGAGGCAACUUUACAACAUGCAACAAAUCUUUAUAGCCUUUACAAUACGGACUUCUGUGUAUAUGUUAUACUGGUUCUACUCUCUGCUUUUAUCCUAUGAAGACUGGGAGGAGAUCCUGAAAAGGUAAAUGCUGUCAGAGUAGAAUUUUGUAGCUGUAGAUUUUAGUUAUGUUUAAAUGCCUACUUGCAAGUCUUGCUUCUUUGGGAUAUCAAAAUGUAUUUUGUGAUGUAAUAAGGAAACUAUUCCUAAAGUCAACCAAAUAUUAUGGUGCAUUUUAGCCUAAUCCAUUAUCUGUUUGAAGUUAAAUAAAACAAAUAGCUGUAGAUUAUUAGGAAUUAUGUCAUUUAUAUUAAACCCAGAUCCAUUUCCAGUUAUGUGGUACAUGCUGUUGUGAACUCUGUUUUACCUUUGUCAAUUUGUAAGAGAUUUCAUUUAACCUUUUGUAGCUCAAAAAAUUAUGAGCAACCACUGUAACAUCCCGAAACACAAUAAACUUGUUCCGCAGGGUAA